CUAUUAAAAUAGACCCCGUAAUGAUUUAUUAUCGUAGACGUUAGGCAUCACAUUCAGAGUCUUCAGAUAACAACCAUACCUAAAGCAGUUUUGACGUGCAGGCAAUUGUGCGGACAAAUAAUAUCAUAUGCCUUCUAGCUGAAUACAAUCUUAAAAAAGAUCUUGACAAACCAUGUCCAUCAUGAGGUCUUUAACAGUUUGUUUUUUUUCUAAACAGAACAUCAAUUAAUUCAUUCAAAUGUUUUCUCAACACGCUUGAGCUUUUUAUGGGUCAUAUGCAAUCAAGCAAACCACAUGUUAAGCUUAGCUGUGUCAAUUUCUUUGACUCGCUCCAAUUGUUCUGUACACUGUGCAGUUAUAAAGUGUAUGCCAUGUAGUACAGAACAACAGUCUGCCUCAACUAUUUUAACAGAAUCUUUAGCAAGGAAGAGACAGGAACCCUAUGAUCCCUAUGAACCCUACACAGGCAACUGAAACGUGCUACUCUGAAACAAGAAGUACCUGGCUAUUUUAAGGAAUCCUAUUUUUGAUGCUGAUUUCCUAACCCUUGUGGAAAAAAAGGAGAAGUUGGCUAAGAGUUGAGAACCCAAUCCUCAGAGUCAUCAUUUUCUACCAAGUGUCUGAAGAGAUAGUUGUCCAUUCUGCGACUGGAAAGAUCCUGAGUGUACUUCUGCUUUGGCGACAGGAUGCAUCGGUGGGUUUUAACCUUAGCGAUUCUGCAUUGCACUGCAGCCCAAGGUUUGAACCUGCCAGUUAUUAACCCAAAUGUCUCAGAAUUAGUUCUGGAUGUGGGGCAGCAGCUGAGCCUUUACUGUGAGGGGAAUGAGGAUGUGACCUGGAUCACAAGGCUGGCAAAACACCAGAAACUGGAGAGGAAGUAUGGAAAAUACAGCCACUUCACAACCAGAGCUACAGCAGAAUUUACAGGCACCUACAAGUGUGCAUAUCAGAACCACACUGAUCUGUUUACCACUGUGCAUGUUUAUGUGAAAGAUCCCAAGAUCUUCUUUGUAGCAGGGAUGUACAGUAAUUAUAUUAUGAAGCCUGAAGGAGUGGAUGUUCUCCUGCCUUGUCUAUUGACUGAUCCGGGAGUCACGGAGUUGUCCCUCAGGAUGAAAAAUGGCAGUUCAGUCCCAAGUGGAAUGGUGUACACUGGGGAUCGGCAGAGAGGAAUAACCAUCCAAAAUGUUGAGCCCCGUUUCAGUGGUGAUUAUGUCUGCGUAGCUAUGAAGAAUGGAGUUGAGAAAGUCUCAAAGUCAUUCUCCCUCAAUGUCUAUCAGAAGUUACGUUUCCCACCGUACGUAUUGGUUGAACGUCAGGAGCACGUGCGCAUUGUCGGAGAGAAGUUUGGAAUCAGCUGUUCCACAAGUAACCCAAACUUUAAUUACAAUGUAACCUGGAAACAUUCAGCAGGCAAGAAUUUUGAAGUGUCAGAAGAAGUAAAAUACGAUGGAAGCCAGCUGUCUAUAAUGAGCAUCUUUGAAAUCUCUGCUGUGAACACGUUGGACACAGGGAAUAUAACUUGCAUAGGCAUGAAUGAGGCAGGCGUCAACAGCUCCACCACAUAUUUGCAAGUUGUAGAGGAAGGCUACGUGAGGCUCUCAGCCCAGCAGGACACCACGCUGGAGGUUUCCGAGGGAGAAGAUCUGGAGCUCAAGGUGCUGAUUGAAGCCUAUCCUGCAAUAUUGGAAUCAAGAUGGGAUACACCAAGGUCGCACAAUGUUUCAGGUCAUAAAGAAGAGUUUCACAGAUUUAAUAACAGGUAUGAGUCUGUUCUGAAGCUGAACAGGAUGAAAACAACAGAGAGAGGCCAGUACACUUUCUACGCAAGAAACGCAAACUCAGACUCGUCAGUUACCUUUCACAUUCAAAUACACCAGAAGCCUGUUGCUUCUGUAGGCUUUCAGAAUACCACAAACCAGCUGCUCUGCAAAGCUUCUGGUUACCCAGCCCCCACCAUUCAGUGGUACCAAUGUCCUGGAAUCCAAGACCGCUGCACAGAGAACGACACAGGAAAGAUUGAGCAGCUAAGAGGAAAUACUAUCAUCUUGCAGACAGCCCCCUAUGGAAAUAUUGAGGUUGAGAGCUCUGUUACCGUGGGGACAUUCAAUGAGAGGAUGACUGUGGAAUGUCUGGCAUCAAACUUUGCAGGAGAAGAUCAUGCAGCAAUUCUGACAGAAGUCAUAGAAAGGUCCUACUUGGUCAAUGAUGAGCUGUUCAAGCCAACUCUCACAGCUUCCAUAGCCGUGGCAACGCUCUUCCUGAUUCUUCUCAUGAUCCUUUUAUACAAGUACAAACAGAAACCCAGGUAUGAAAUCCGUUGGAAGAUCGUUGAAGCAAAUAAUGGGAACAACUACACAUUCAUUGACCCAACCCAGCUUCCCUACAAUGUCAAAUGGGAGUUCCCCAGGGACAAGCUACGCCUAGGAAAGAUCCUGGGUGCCGGUGCAUUUGGAAAGGUUGUUGAAGCAACAGCCUAUGGUCUUGGGAAGGAAGACACUGUACUUCAAGUAGCAGUGAAGAUGCUUAAACCGAGUGCCCAUUGUGAUGAGAGGGAAGCCCUGAUGUCAGAACUGAAGAUCCUGAGUCACCUGGGACAUCAUAAGAACAUAGUAAAUCUGUUGGGAGCCUGUACACAUGGAGGCCCAGUCCUUGUUAUCACUGAAUACUGUAGCUAUGGAGACCUACUGAAUCUCCUCAGGCAAAAGACAGAGAGUUUUCUAGCCAAUGCAGUGAGUGAGCCCAUCCUGGAAGAGACCAGUGACUACAAAAACUUGAGCAUCAACAAGAAGUACAUAAGAAGCGACAGUGGUAUUUCAAGCUCCUCUUCGGAUGGUUACUUGCAAAUGAAGCCAAGUUUUAAUGGUUCCAGAUCUGCUCAAGGAUCCAUGUGUGAUGGUAUACAGGAGGAUGACUGGUCCCUGGACAUGGAUGACCUGCUCAGGUUCUCCUAUCAAGUUGCUCAAGGUCUGGACUUCCUUGCUGAGAAGAAUUGUAUUCACAGGGAUGUGGCCGCGAGAAACGUCUUGUUAACUGAAGGACGAGUUGCUAAGAUCUGUGACUUCGGGCUGGCGAGAGACAUCAUGAACGACUCCAGCUAUGUGGUGAAAGGAAACGCACGUCUCCCAGUGAAGUGGAUGGCCCCAGAGAGUAUCUUUGACUGCGUGUACACUUCUCAGAGCGACGUCUGGUCCUAUGGCAUUCUACUCUGGGAGAUCUUCUCAUUGGGCAAGGGCCCGUAUCCCAGCAUGCUUGUAGACAGCAAGUUUUACAAAAAGGUGAAAGAUGGAUAUCAGAUGUCCAGACCUGAUUAUGCGCCUCCUGAAAUAUACACCAUCAUGAAAAUGUGCUGGAACUUGGAGCCAACCAAACGACCAACUUUCAACAAGAUCGGGCAGCUCAUUGAAAGACUGCUGGGAGAUGAAACCAAGCAGGACUAUGAAAACAUCCAGUGUGCCACCACUGAAGAAAGUGAACCCUGCAAUGACCCAAAGUCAUGUGACCAAGGAGAGGAGGACCAGCCCCUACUGAAGACAAAUAACUAUCAGUUCUGCUAAACUAGCCACUUCCAUCUUCAUGGACCUACUGUACAGUGGGUCACUUUUCAAGAGGCAAAGGGGUGUUUUGGAGCUGGUGCGAGUGAAGCUCUGACUUGAUAUUACUCCAGUACAGCCUUCUGUUUUUAAAGGCACCUUUCUAUAUUAUAAAUUGCUAAUAGAAAAAAAAAACCUACCCUUUCGAAGAAUGAAACUUUUUUACAUAGCCAUUAACUGUUCUCAUUGCUGCACUGUGUUUAUUUUUAUCACACGUUUGUUAUUCAGGUGGACGAUUCUGAAACUAGCAGAAACAGAGUGUGAGAUCCUCUUUUUUUCAAGCACUAUCACGUAAGCCAGCAUGCGUUAACUCACCUCAGAGCAACACAGGGUCCCUCUCUGCAAAAUCAAAACACCAAGUCAGCAAUUUUCAGGGGAAACGAAAGUUCGGAUUGUUGCAUUUUUCAUUGUUUACUAUGGUCUGGCAAACCACUUUCUUAGGUUACUUUAAGAUCAGAAGCCAAGUGAUCCACAAAGUGGUUUUUGGCUUAUAUAGGCCUCUAAGAAAUUUGAUAGACCUAAAAGUCAGAGAGCUAAAGCAGCUUCCUUACAUGCAACAAGAAUCUCAAUACAUUUUAGAAUACGGGUGUGUUUACACUUGGGUGGGGGAAAGACGGCCACUAAUCACAACUGGAAUACGUUAAGCUUUUUGGUGAAACAGUACAAAAAAAUGUGUCUUGCACGUUAACAUCUGAUGACGGAAAUGUGUAUUGACAUAACCAUUGCUUCCCUUUCUUUAACGGGAAGUUGGCAGGAGAAUAUUGAACAUGAUGCAACUUUAGCUGUUGUCACCCCUUCUGUUACUGCGCUAAUUCAAACAGAAGUCAGCGGUAUUGAUUCUGUUAUUCAAGUCCAUGUGUAGUUACAAUGUAGUAACAUAGUGAAUGUAAUUAUAAUUACAAAAUAUGCUAGCAACUAUCAAUAAUUGCAAAAUAUGCUAGCAGCUCUCAAUAAUUUUCAUUUUGUAAUAAGUAUAUUGCUGCAUUGUAACCGUACAACCAUAUAUGUAAAGACUGUUAUUGCAGUGUAGUUAAAGUGUUACUGAACGUCACUUUCCUGUAGUGUGAACACACCCAAUGUGACCUGUUUGUAUCUUGAGGUGAAGGCCCUUGGUUUACUUUCAAAGCCCUCAUUUCAGUCCGCUGAAAUAUAAAACUCACUGGGCAUGCCUGUUUCAAAAUUGUUUAAAACUGACACAUAUCUUUUUUUUUUUUUUUUUUUAAAUGACAGAUCAUGGAUUUGCUGACUUGGAAUUUGUUUUAUAAUACUAUAUUAAUAUUUAAUAUAAUGGUCAAACUGUUUUAACCAUAUUAAUUGACUAGAAAAUAAGUGGGUAACAGCUCAUUGCCUCAUAGUUUGGAUUUGUCUUCUUUCCAGCUGACAAAAAAACGGACCAAUCUGACAAGAAUAAAUUCCUGUUAAAGAGAUAUUCUCUCUUUUUAAUUGAUCAUAAGAAAACUUAUAUAACAUCUGAUAAAAUGCUGCAUUUAAUGUAAGUGGUUCUUAAACACCUACUUAAGCCUUUUUGAUUGCUUGUUUCCAAAUUAAUGAUCUUGCCAAAUUAAAAUUUGUUUAGAUGAAUAUUAACUAUUUUAAGGACUAUUUUGAUUAAUUAAAUCUCUUCAGCUGUUCAGAGACUAUUUAUUUAAAUUCAUAGCACUGGCUUAAACUCUCAGCCCCACAUACACAUAUAUUAGACAGAUAAAAGGUUACACUGUCACAUGAUUUGAAUGAAAUGAGGAAUGCUGUUAGUCCCAGUACAUGGAAUUCUCCAGACAAGCUCAAGGCCAAAUAAAUGCAAUGCUUUAUUAAAAAAAACUUGGAGUAGUCAGUUUAAACCAAGGCUAAAUAUCAGAAAUGGGGUUUGCAUUAUCAUAGCGAGACGUGAGGUUGCAUUCCUUUUAAUUACUGCUUAGUUCAUACGAAUUUAAUAUAAAUUCAGCAAAUUCAGUAGUUGUUCAUGUGUAAUUACAUUGUUACUAAUGAAACUUAAACUUAAGCAUUCCCAAUUCCUGUUGGGUGUUUGUGAGCUCAUGUCAUUUCCAUGUGUAUCUACUGUAUAUAAAAACAGUUCAGUUUUCAAAUACAUGCACAAGACAUGGACCAAACAAACUUUCAGAUAAUCUGGUUUCAGUGGUAGGUUCAGGUGAAAGAUGGCUUUAAAUGUUCAUUUUUAUUUGGGGAUAUUUUGUCUGGGGAUGCACAAUCGACAGCUAGAGCUUAAAGGGUACAUAAGGACCUUUUUAUUUUAUUGUGUUACAUGUUCCCAUAUGUAACUGAGGUGGAUUUACCAGUGAGAAGGAGGAUGAUGGGAAAUGUAGUUCUGAGAGGUCCAUGCAGCUACAUGGGAAGCCAUCCUGAGGCAGGGAAUGUUUAAAAGUUUAAAAAGUGGUCAAAAUGUAAAAAUAAACAAAAAAAAAAACAAUACACACACCUUGCGUAAACAGCGACACAUGGUAACAUGUAACACAAUACAAUAAAAAGGUCCUUAUGUACCCAUUAAUACUUUUGAUUAUUUUAAAAUGACACAGUGCCCUAUUCAGUGAUGUUUCCUGUUUUGUUCUAAUAUAAGUGAGCACGGGGUACUUCAUUUUUCUGACAGUAAUAUAUAUAUAUAUAUUUUUUAUUUUCUGUGGUAUAUUAUCUAUGUAGCAUACAGCACAUCUACUGCCAGUAUUAUUGAUGAUUUGAGCAUUGAGAUAUGAUAUUGAUGAGUGUUAAUCUUAAGAAACUUGUGGAGUCGUUAUGACUGGUACCCCAGGCCGGGGCCUAUUUUUAAACAGGCUGGGAUUCAUUUGUUUUAAACAGGCCCCAGCCUGGGAUAUACACUGCCAUUUUAGUCUCUUGGUGUUUGUUUAUUUCAGCAAAGAUUAUUUGUGAGAAAGAGACCCCAGAUUUCUGAAGACUCAAGGAAUGGGAAGAUGUUUUUAAAUAUUUUGCAGCUAACAAAUUAAGUAUGUUAAAAUGUAACACAACGUUCUUCUGUGUUGUUAUUGUGUUUUUUAAAUAAAUCAUUUUGAGACUUUUCUGAAUUGUACGACUGUCAUCAAUAAUGAGCAAACGUACUGUCUACGUGUGAACGAUAGACAACAUUUAACACAUGCAUAAGGUGUCACUUUUUGUGCUCCCUGUGUGAAAAGGUCAAACGAUGUGUAAAAUUUGCAGUAAUAAUAAUUCAGGGUCAAGGCUGGGGUUGUAAGUUUUCAAAUUGGGUGGGCAGUACAGUACCAAAACCUGGAGUGGCUUUGAAACCUGUUUGGAAGCUUUUUUUUUAACCAAAUCCCAAUUUCCAAAAUUUCAGAUGCUUUCUGAAGCUCAGAUUCUGUACAAGCCUAUACUUUAGCCUAUACAGUAAGCUCCCUAAUUAAUCUAACACAAUUUGUAAUAUGUUUCAAAACCUUUUGAAUGUACUGCUCUUUAACUGUAUUUAGUACUUGCCUAAAAUAUAUUUUAAUAUUGUAAAGUGCUAACUUAUUGGUGAUGUACCAUUCUUUGAUUUUUAUUGUCACUGGUACUAAAAUAAACUAACCACAUUUAA